AACCAAACUACUUGAAUACGUAGGCAAGUUUGUGGUCCGGGGUGUAUGAAAAAAGACUAUAAACAAAACACUAGGUUCUUGUCAAACGUAAGUGUCAAAGGCGUGCUAAUCGAGCGAAUUGAUACGUGUGAUAUUAUAACAAUAUUUUUUGAAUAAUGGAUAACUUGAUGGAUCAAGACCUGUACGAAUUAAUUGGAACUGUGUCUACAGCUACAAUAAAAGAGAUCAAAACAGCAUAUAGAAAGACAGCGUUGUCAUGCCAUCCCGAUAAAAAUCCAGACAACCCAAAGGCAGCGGAACUAUUUCAUCAACUUUCAAGCGCAUUAGAAAUAUUAACUGAUGAGUCUGCUAGAGCUGCUUACGACAAAGUAUUGAAUGCCAAACAUCAGGCUAAACUCAGAACUAAGCAAUUAGAUUCAAAGCGAAAAAAAUUGAAAGAGGAUCUAGAAGCGAGAGAAGAGGCUUAUAGGAACUCACAGAAACACGGUGAUGUUAAAAGCGAUGAGCAAAAACUACAGGCUGAAAUUGAACGGCUGCGCAAAGUUGGGUCCAAACAGGUUGAGGAAGAGAUUGCAUUUGUUCGCCAACAAGUUAUGGAAGAGUUGCACAAAAUGCGAGCUUCAGAUAGGGACUCUGAGUCUAGUGAUCCAAAUGAACAUCGACUGAAGAUCAAAUGGGCAGCAACUGAGAAUGAUCUAAAGAAUGGUGGAUAUGACUACAAUACAUUGCACCGAAUUUUAUCAAAGUACGGAGAUAUUGCCAUCUUAGUUGUUUCUUCUAAUAAAACAGGACGUGCACUCGUUGAAUACACCAGUAAAGAUGCUGCAGUGAGACCUAUUUUGAUUUUGAAUUUAUCUUAUGUACAUACUACCUAUACCAUACAGAUAACAGAUAUAGGCCUAGCAGAAAUGGCAGUACAAAUUGAACAAGGACUUUCAAACAAUCCCCUUAGAUUAGAAUGGGUUUGUAAACCCAAAAAAAAAGCAACUUGUAGUGCCCCUAAUGUACCCUCGUCUCUACCACAAAGUAGGACAUUACUUUUUCCUGUGCAAGACGUGUCAGCCAAUGCACCAGGCAGCAAUUUCCCUAGCUACUCUUCAGCUCCCGAUAUGUUUAAUUUGCGAAGUAAAAUAUCUGAUCUGGAAUUCGAAAGCUCUGUACUAAGCAACCUACGACGUGCCGAGGAACGUAAACGACUCAUAGAAAAGCUAAGUCAAGAAGAUGGAUAGUUUCAAAUAAAGUGUUGUCGUCAAUACCACAUUCAUUGGUUCGAAUGAGACGUGGGUACUCAGGAAUUAAUUACGAGUUUUUAUUCGUCAGUCCAAACUGAAUCCAUCCCGCUUACAUUAUGUUUGUACAAAUAGUUUGGAAGAAUCCAUUUAUGUAUGAAAAUGAAUAAAAAGAUAAAAAAAAUA